GUCUCCGCCGCGAGCUGCUGGCGGUGCGGGCGGGUCCGCAAGGCUCGUGGCAGCAGCCUCCGGCCGCCCCGGCCAGCGCUCUGACCGCCUGGGGGGAGCCUUGAUUCGAGCUGGGCAGCGCCCUGAGCACCGACUAAGCUUCGCAGGACAAAAGAGAAGGACAAAAUGGAAAGUAUGCUAUUUUGCUGGAUCUUUCUCACCCUUGGGUGGACCCUCAUUGAUGGAUCUGAAAUGGAGCAGGAUUUUAUGUGGCACUUGAGCAAAAUACCCCGGGUGAUCAGUGAAAGGACUUUCCAUCUCACCAGCCCCACCUUUGAGGCAGAUGCUAAGAUGGUGCUCAGUAGAGUGUGUGGUAUUGAAUGCCAGAAAGAACUCCCAGCUCCCAGCCUUUCUGAUCUGGAAGAUUCUCUUUCCUAUGAGACUGUCUUUGAGAAUGGCACCCGAACCUUGACCAGAGUGAAAGUUCAAGAUGUGGUCCUUGAGCCCACUCAGAAUAUCAGCAGGAAAGGGGCAUCUGUUAGGAGGAAGAGACAGGUGUACGGCACAGACAGCAGAUUCAGCAUCUUGGACAAAAAGUUCUUAACCAAUUUCCCUUUCAACACAGCUGUGAAGCUGUCCACGGGCUGCAGUGGCAUUCUCAUUUCCCCCAGCCACGUUCUAACAGCUGCCCACUGUGUGCAUGAUGGAAAGGACUACAUCAAAGGAAGUAAGAAGCUAAGGGUAGGAUUGUUGAAGAUGAGAAAUAAGGGUGCUGGCAAGAAGCGGAAGGGUUCUAAGAGGAGCAGGAGAGAAGCCGAUGGUGGUGACCAGCGAGAAGGUACCAAAGACAAUCUGGAGAGAACCAAGGCUGGAAGAAGAAGAAAGGAAUCUCGUCGGGGUCGGAGAGUUGCUGAGGGGAGGCCUUCCUUCCAGUGGACCCGGGUCAAGAAUACCCACAUUCCCAAAGGCUGGGCUAGAGGAGGGAAGGGAGACGCUGCUUUAGACUAUGACUAUGCUCUUUUGGAGUUGAAGCGUGCUCACAAGAAGAAAUACAUGGAACUAGGAAUCAGUCCGACCAUCAAGAAGCUGCCUGGGGGAAUGAUCCACUUCUCAGGAUUUGAUCAUGAUCGGGCCGAUCAGUUAGUCUACCGGUUUUGUAGUGUGUCCGACGAAUCCAAUGAUCUCCUCUAUCAAUACUGUGAUGCUGAGUCAGGCUCCACUGGUUCUGGGGUCUAUCUGCGUCUGAAAGAGCCAGACAAAAAGAAUUGGAAGCGCAAAAUCAUUGCCGUCUAUUCAGGCCACCAAUGGGUGGAUGUCCACGGCGUGCAGAAGGAUUACAACGUGGCCGUGCGCAUCACUCCCCUCAAGUACGCCCAGAUCUGCCUCUGGAUUCAUGGAGAUAAUGCCAACUGUACUUAUGGCUAACAGAAAAUUGCAACAAGUCAAUGGAUCAUCUACGUCGGAGAGCACACCCGCUAUGAUUAUGGUAGCAAGAUCACUUCCUAGGUUAUGCCUGGACUUGAACCCUAUCAACAUUUUUAUAAAUUUAGCUUUUCAAAAUUAAGAGAUUUUCAUAUGUUUAAAAAAUACUUAGGUUUAAAUAACUGAAACUAGACGGGCACCUCAAUGUCAAGUAUAUAUUCUUCUUUACAUGGUGAUAAGAAUCAUUUGGGGGAAGUCUUUUCUUUCUUUCUGCCUUCUUAAGAUUAGACACUUUAAAAACUUCAGACUGGUACCAUAAAUAAUACGUGAUUUCUUAAUGGACUUUUUCUCAGGGUCCUACUCGAUCAAGAAUCUAAUAGGAUGCUUGCUAGUUGCAUAUUAAAUGUGAAACUGCAUAUAUAGGUACAGAUGGUAACAUGAUUAGAGUCAGGGUAAAGACAGUAACUUACAACAGCCUGUAUUACUUGGAGAUGGACCCAUUCAGCUCAUGCCCUCUGUGUUUAUAUAGUGUUUUCUGUUGGGUCUGAGAAACUUUGGUUUACUUGUUGUAGUUGUUUUUAAGAAUUACAAGAUCCAGCAAGCUUUAUAAACAAAGCUAGUGACUAAUUUACUGCUUUAAAAAAUAUCAACUGAAGUGUGCAUUAUUUAAAAAUGGGAAAAAUGCUUUGUUCUAGGAAAUGAAUCUAGUUUAAAAAUGGGGAAGAUCUCGAGUUUUAAUGCUUAAAAUAUGGACUUUUCGUGAAGGCAGGGGGAAGAUAGUUCACAAGUUACAGAUGGUCAUAUUUUGAAAGCCUCGUCAUUUAGCACUAGUCUUCUCUGUAUGAGGUGUUAAGAGUUUAACGUUCAAGAAUUUUAGUCUUUCUCAAGAGAGAGGCUUUUCCCCCUUGAUAGAUUUCAGCAUUCUUAAUGAGGCCACACAGAUAUUAUUUUGGUGAUUGCUCUGACUAGGAGUUUUAGAUAAAUCCCUAAAAACGAAUAGUAUACAUACAAUUUUUAAAAGAAGGUUCUGAUUCUUUUCAUUACAGGCCAAGUCUGUAUACUUGCUCAGGCCAUGGUGAUGGCCCCAGCAGAGAGAAGGUAGUGGCUUUGUUCAGACAAACCACAGUUGUUACUCACAGUUUUCUUGAAUGAACAGAUAUUUUUUGAAUGGUUGUAAAAGUGGGUUCGUUCAGGCCAUUAUGUCUAACGGGUUUUAGUGAUUUGCAGUUGAGUGCACCAUAAAAUUCAGGAAUUACAAGUCUAAUUUCUGGUCUGCUAUUUUUGGCAGUUUCUAGGGCACACAUUCUUCUCACCUAAGUCACUGAUUCUGUCAUAGUUCAAAUUUAUUUUGUUAUUUUUUUUUAAGAGCAUGGGAAGUUAUACCCUUGAUUAGUAUGCAAAAGAAUAUUGACUACGUUAUGAUAAAAGGUGAUUUUGUAAAUCUUGUCUAAAAUAGCUGGAAUUCAAUACAAGUAUACAUUCUUUUAUAGUGUGAACCUGUUUAAAAAUAAUUCAAUAAAAAUUAAAAAAAUAAA